AUUCUAAACUUCCCGUUUUAGGGUAUAUAAACUACAGAUUUUUAUAGAGACACUUAUUCGAGACAGCGCUCUAGUAAAACCAUGGCAGGAGUGUGGUCGGCUUCCUUCGUGUUUGGCUUGCUCGUUUGUGUCGCUAGUUCUCAGCAAAUAUAUCUUAAAGAAAACAAUGAUUGCUUCCCUAAUGAGCAAACAAUGCUAAUUUUGAAAGAUCAGUUUAAUUUUCUAAAACAGGAGAACGCGAAAGAAAUUAAUUCCUUAAGGCAAGAGAACGCGAGAAAAAUUGACUCCUUAACACUGGAGAACGCAAGAAAAAUUGAUUCCUUAAGGCAAGAGAACGCGAGAGAAAUUAAUUCAUCAAGGCAAGAGAACGCAAGAAAAAUUGACUCAUUAACAAAGGAGAACGCAAGAAAAAUUGAUUCAUUGACAAAGGAGAACGCGAGAAAAAUUGAUUCCUUAAAAAUGGAGAACGCGAGGAUAAAGGAAAAUUUUAACGGGAUGCUUACAACCCUGAAGAAAAACAUCUCCAAUUCCGAAGAAGAUUUAAAGAGCAGUAUAUUGAAAAUCAUUGAAGACGGGUUAAACAUAAAGAAAGACUGCAAUGACCUCUAUAUUAAUGGUUAUAGAAAAUGCGGUGUUUAUGACAUUAAUCCGUCUGGUGUGUAUAAAAUAAAUUCGUCUGGUAUCGAAAGCAAGAUCAGUGUCUUCUGUGACAUGGUGAUAGAAGGCGGAGGGUGGACAGCAAUUCAGAAGCGGGUCAGUGGAGCGGUGAGAUUCAACAGGACGUGGUCUGAGUAUAAGACAGGGUUCGGGAAUCCUAACGACUCCUACUGGAUUGGGAAUGACGUAAUUCAUCAGCUUACGAGGGGAAGGAACUCCUCCCUCUACGUCUCCAUUACACUGACCAAUGGGACAAAGCUGUAUCAAUUAUACAACCAGUUCUCUGUUGGUGAUGAAUCACUUAACUAUAGACUGUUACUUGGAGGACCAGCUACCGGGACCCUGGGUGACAGUAUGCUGGAUACAGGGUAUUCUGGUGCUGACCUGUCCGGGACGUCGUUCUCCACCCUGGACAGAGACCACGACUUGUGUGGUUGGUGUAACUGUGCUGUUAGUGAGGGAGGAGGAGGAGGCUGGUGGUAUAAUGAAUGUAACCUUGCCAACCUUAACGGUCCCUGGUCCCCGGCAAAGUGGAUCAGUCCAUGGGCUUUUACCGUAACGAAUAGUGGGGAGAUAAAGGAGACACUCAUGAUGAUAAAGCCCCACUGACUGUUAUGUCUUACACAUUGAAAAGUAUAUAGUAAUUUAAAUAUUUAAUCCCUCUAUAGUUGUAUAUAGUACAUGUACAUUGAUUGAAAAAGUACAUUGAAGUUUAACAUUUAAUUCCUUGUAUAAUUAUGUAUAGUUCAUGUACAUACAAAGUCAAAUACUUAUAUUAAAUAAUGAUGACUUUUUUCUUGACAUAAUGAUAAUAUCGCUGUAUUAUUUUAAAGUAAAACAUUUAUAGAUAUUGUAUUAUUAUGCUAUUUGAAUUUAAUGAAAAAUCCUAUUGUUUUCUGAAAAUAGUGUUAUAACCUUACUUCAUAAUCUUUCUU